AUGGCUUCUGAUUCUUCACCCAUCAACAAUGGUCCUUCAUCUCCAACAAUUCCCCUUCAAGCUCAACCGGCAACACCUUCUCCUCCCUUGGCGAUGCUUCUCGCCGCAAUCAUCGUCGUUGAACUCUUCCAUGACAUCCGCCUUCGAUACCCCGCCAGUGCAUUGUUCCCGGUUGUCUCGAUAUUGGUGACCCUGUGUAUACUUGUCUAUAUUGUGAAAGCUCCAGAUUUAUUAUAUAAUUUGAUUCAUGGUCAUGAUAGUAAGUCUUUACAGUUUCAGAAGAAAAUUCGGUAUUAUAAUAGUAUGUUUGCUUUCACUUCUCUUGGUGGUAAAGUAAUAGACUCAGUGAAUGAUGGAACUGGCCCACCACAAUUCAUCAUAAGUGGUCAAAAUUAUCAUAGGAUUGGAAGUUUAUUACCUCAGGCUGGUCAAGUUCCGAAAUUUGCCCAAUUAUACAUAUAUGACACAGAACAUGAGUUAACGCAUAGAGAAGGAAUAUUUGGGCAAAGUUCAAAUAUAGAUAGACAGCUGAUAAUUGAUUUGAUCCAAAUGAUUGAUCAACACAAUCCUAUAGCACAAUCAUUUAGAAGAGUGAGGGAAUUCCAUGAGAAUCACCCGUCUGAGAUGUUUUCUUUGAAAUUGUUUAGUCAAAGAGAACGUGAUCGAAGAGUUUAUAAUUAUCCUUCGUGCGAUGAAGUUGCUGCUUUGGUUGUUGGUGAUUUUGAUUCUUCUGAUACUGGUCGUGAUGUCAUUGUUAAAUCUGCAGCUGGCCAACUUCAAAGAAUAUAUGAGACACAUGCUUUAUACUGGCCAUUGCAAUAUCCCUUGCUUUUUCCUUACGGGGAAGAUGGUUAUCAAUUGGGUAUUCCUUAUCGAGAUAUUCAAGAUAUAAAUGUUGCAGGGAAAAGGACUAGAGUAUCCAUGCGAGAAUUUAUCUGUUUUCGUUUGCAAAUGAGAGAGGAUGAGGAUAGCAUUAUUCAUAAGUCUAGAAGAUUGUUCCAACAGUUUGUUGUUGAUUCAUUCUCUAUGAUUGAGUCACAGAGGCUUUAUGAAAUCAGGAAAAAACAGAGCACAAUUAGAGGAGAAGUCUUACAAGGUAUUGAAGAAGCUAUGCGACGCGGUGAUACUGAAGCAUCAUCAAUUGGUACUCGAGUGAUUUUGCCUUCUUCCUUCACUGGUGGUAAACGUUACAUGUUUAAUAAUUGCCAAGAUGCUAUGGCUAUUUGUAAGCAUUUUGGAUAUCCAGAUCUAUUUCUUACCCUUACUUGCAAUCCUAACUGGCCUGAGUUUCAAAGAUAUACUAAUCGUGAUCAAGUUCCAAUUGCUGAUCGGCCAGACAUUGCUUGCCGAGUCUUUCAUGCUAAGAUGAAGUGUCUUCUUAAUGAUCUUAAGAGUGGUGUUUUUUUUGGUCCUCUUAAUGCAGGUAUGUAUACAAUUGAGUUUCAAAAAAGAGGUUUGCCACAUGCACAUAUUCUACUUUGGCUUGAUGGAAGGAAUAGAUUGCAGAAUAUUGAAAUUGUUGAUGAGUUAAUUUGUGCGGAACUUCCUAAUCCUAUGAAGUUUCCACAUUUGUAUAGUGUGGUUAGUAAAUACAUGAUUCAUGGCCCUUGUGGUAGGGUAAGACCAACUUCUCCAUGCAUGAAAGAUGGAAGAUGCUCCAAGUUUUAUCCGAAGCAGUUUGUUAAUUAUACGAGUUUUGAUGAAGAUGGUUAUCCUAUUUACAAGCGUCGAGAUAUUGGUGUUACAGUUAAAAGUCAUGGUGUUGAUCUUGAUAAUAGAUUUGUUGUUCCAUAUAAUCCAUUAUUGUUGAUGAAGUACCAGGCUCAUAUUAAUUUGGAAUUUUGCAACAAGUCAAAUGUUAUAAAGUAUCUUUUCAAGUACAUUAACAAGGGUCCAGAUCGUGUAACUGCAACUAUUAGUCAUUCAACUGAGACAACUCAUUCUUUUGAAGUGGUUGAUGAGAUCAAACAGUAUUAUGAUUGUCGGUAUCUUUCACCUUGUGAAUCUAUGUGGAGAAUUUUUGCAUAUGAAAUUCAUCAUAGAUGGCCACCUGUGCAAAGACUCAGAUUUCAUUUACCUAAUCAGCAGCAUGUUGUGUUCGAUGAUCAUGAUACUAUUGGCUCUGUUUUAAUAAGAAAUAGAGAUUUGAUGACAAUGUUUACUGCUUGGAUGAUGGCUAAUCGAACAUAUGUUGAAGGACGAACACUAACAUAUGUUGAGUUCCCAAGUAAAUUUGUUUAUGAUUUACAAUCUCGACAGUGGAAACCAAGAAGAAGGGGAUUUUCUAUAGGAAGAUUGAGUUUUGUUCAUCCUUCAACUGGUGAGCUGUUCUAUAUGCGUAUGCUUCUCAAUGUGCAAAGAGGAUGCACCAGUUUUCGAAGUAUAAGGACUGUCAAUUCUGUUUUAUAUGAUACAUUCCAAGAGGCAUGUUCUGCUAUGGGUUUUUUAAUAGAUGAUAAUGAGUUUGUCUUGGCCAUUAAUGAAGCGGCUGAGUUAUCUUCUGGCGCCCAAUUGAGAAAACUUUUUGUUUCAUUGUUAAUAUCUGGUUCUGUCUCUAGGCCCGUUUUAGUUUGGAAUCAAACUUGGAAAUAUUUAUCUGAUGAUAUCAUUUAUUACAGGCGAAGUGAGCUUCAUUUUCCAGGAAUAACAAUGACUGACGAAGAGUUACAAACAUUUUGUCUAAUAGAGAUAGAGAAAUUGCUACAGGCCAAUGGAAAAUCAUUAAGAGAUUUUGCUGGUAUGCCGCUUCCUAAUGUUAAUUUGGUCUCGCAAUUUAGUAAUUCUUUGGUGUUGCGUGAAUUAGAAUAUGACAUUUCUGUGAUGCUUGAAGAACACGAUUCAAAUUUUCCAAAGUUGAAUGAAGAACAGAAGUCAAUCUAUGAUAGGAUUAUACAUUGUGUUACUAACAAGGAACACGGGUUGUUUUUCAUUUAUGGAUUUGGUGGGACUGGAAAAACUUUUUUGUAUAGACUCUUAUCUGCCAAAUUGCGUUCUCAAAGAAGAAUUGUUAUUAAUGUUGCUUCAAGUGGAAUUGCUUCAUUAUUGUUACCUGGUGGUAAGACAGCUCAUUCUAUGUUUGGUAUCCCAAUUGAAUUGAAUGAAGAUACUAUUUGUAGAAUUCGAAAGAUAGUCCUAAGGCUGAUUUAA